UUCCCCGUAUUCAACUGGUAGCCGCCACAUCGGACCGGAGCGCUCAAAGUCACACUGUUAUACACACUUAACUGAAGCAGCUGCUGCCGAAAAAUCAAUAUUUUACCAAACUUCUACGUGGGCGGCUGAAAUCGCGCAAUAUGUUUUCUUGUUCGCAAAAUGUGCACAUGCUGGUUGGGUUGCUCAUGGUCCUUUCAAGGGGCUACCAAGUGCACUCCUAUGGCUCUAAGGACAUUUUGGCCGAUGCGCUGCUGACGGAUCUGCUCAAUCGUAUGGACAAUGACAUGCAAGUGGGAUAUUACGACGUGGACAAUGAGGCAUCUGCUGGCUCAAAGGAUAAUGUGGAUUUAGUUUCCCGAUCGGAGUACGCUAGGUUGUGUGACGGGGGAAGCGACUGCAUUCUGUCAUCUGGAGCUGGCUCAAAUCCAUCCUUGAGGGACCACGAGUUCCUGCAGCACAGCUCGCUGUGGGGUCACCAGUUCAUCUCUGGUGGAAUGGGAGAAGGUCCCAAUAGGUAUCCAACCAUAGUGAAGAACGAUGCCGGCCUGCCCGCCUACUGUAAUCCUCCCAACCCCUGCCCCGAGGGCUACGACAUGGAGACCCAAGGAGGCAGCUGCAUCAUGGACUUCGAGAACACGGCCAUCUUCAGUCGUGAAUUCCAGGCUGCCCAGGACUGCACCUGUGACAAUGAGCAUAUGUUCGACUGCUCGGAUCAGGAUAGUGGUGAUACCGGAUCGGAGAAGGGCGAUUUGAAUUCUGCUGUCGAGCAGUACAUCCUGCAGAUGGGCCAGGAAAACAGCCUAAACAACGUCAACAGCCUGGUAAAGAAGGCCGGAUACCCGGCAAUGCCCGACCCUCGUAUGGAUGCCGCGGUCAUGAAUCCGUUCCUGCAGGGCGAUCGCUUGCCCAUCGCCGCCAAGAAGGGCAACCUUCUUUUCCACUAAGUAGGCUCGCUGAUACCUCGAGCGUAUACGACCAUACCUAUCGUUUUCCAUAUGGGUGUCUAAAACUAUUACCUACCAUAGUUGGUUAUCAAUGUUGUCUCGCAACCAAAGUCUAGUAAUGUUUCUUCCCUUUCCCCACAAAUAAAGUUAUUCAUAUUAAACCAGGGCUCUAAGCCGAACACAAAAA